ACCGUCACAAAGAUGGCUGCGCUUAGGGUGUUUAGCCGUAAUCUUCCGUAUUUGCGACAACAAUUUGCAGCAUUGUUAGGGAACACAUCACCUUCGGUAAAGUUUAUCUGCGUGGUCGUGGUUAUAGGAUAUAUAUUAUCAUUUUCCGAUGAUGUCGUCAAUGUACUCAGUGUCACUCCAGGGUAUUUGCUGCCUCCUUCAUUUCAACUAUGGUCUACUUUCACGUUCUGGUUUCUCGAAAUACAUUUGUGGGAGGUGAUCAUCGAUAUUGUGACUGUGGGGCUGUGCGGGAAACUCAUAGAACCACUGUGGGGACAGAUGGAAAUGAUGAAGUUUUUCAUACUGACCAACUUUGGUGUAGCGUUUUUGACUACGUUUUACUAUUUAGUGAUAUUUGCGUGUACGGGUCAAACCUCGUAUUUAUUCGACAUUCAUGUACACGGGCUGGCAGGGUACCUGGCCGCAGUCAGUGUCGCUGUGAAGCAAAUCAUGCCAGAUCAUCUGCUGAUUAAAACACCACUAGGUAAAUUAACCAACAGGUCUUUACCACUACUGAUCCUAAUAGUGGCUAUUAUCCUGUGGGCUAUUGGUGCCUUAGAAGGGACAUAUCCUUGCAUGUGGGGCAGUGGGACGAUUCUAUCUUGGAUAUAUCUAAGGUUCUGGCAAAGACACACCAAUGGUACCAGGGGAGAUAUGGCAGACAACUUUAGUUUUGAUAACUUCUUUCCAACAGUCCUGCAACCUGUAGUCCGAGCUAUUGUAGGUCCACCGCAUCGUUGUCUAGUGCGGCUUGGUCUCUGUUCACCUAGUCCACGUCGAGUGCACUUAGCACUUAGUCCUCGAGGUGUGACAAUUUCUAUGCCUGGAGUGGAACCACAAGAUAUGGAGAGGCGAAGACAAAUUGCAUUAAAAGCAUUGAGUGAAAGACUAUCCAAAACAUCUGAGCAAACUCGUCAAAAGAACUUAUCGACGAAAGUAAACAUGGAUGCUGUUAGGAAGAUGCAGACAUCACAAGUGAUACCUCAAUUCACGGAACCCGAAACAAGCAAAGGUAUACAGGCGCCUCCCACGGAGGCGACCCUUGUGGAUCUCGGACCAGACCCAACACCUCCAAUCACCAAGCAAUCAUGAUCUUUAACGAAAACAAAGUGGAAUAAGUCUGUUCAUAAAAACAAAGUGAGAAUGAGUGUUGUGCAAAAGUGAUUUAUUUGUGUGACACCCACAUUUUGGAGCCUGAAUGUGGAACCUGAAUUAAUAUUGUAUUCGCGACUGAAGGUUAAAGCUGUAGUUCUUUUCUUAGCAGUUACAAAAAAAUUGAACUCUACACGGCAUUAAUAUGCCACCCAUUAUGCAGUAUUAGUGUUCAGUUUCUCUGUGAUUUUUCUAUCAAGUGUCAAUGGCAUUUACAUUAUUCUAUUUAUUUUUAAAAAACAUAGUAAAAAUGGGAUAAGUAUACUUCAAAAACAGUGGAAGCACUUUUGCUGUGCUAUACUUGCUCCCUUGUCUGCUGGGUUUGUUCUGUCGUCAAAACCGGCUAAUGGAAAAUACCAGCAUAAAGUUUCUAGGCAUUAUUCUUUGCAUUUUGGCUACUAAAUUUCAACUAAAGCUGAUUCUAUGUGUCAUUAUGAAUAAUAAAAGCAUAACAUACCAAAAAUCUGAAUAUAAGGUUUAUAUUAAUUUGGAGGGCUACUUUUAUAUCAUGUAAGAAUGAUUUUAAUUAUAUACAUUCCACAUGCUUUUAAAAAAGAAUUUAAAACAUCUAUAUAGUGAGCAGGCAAAAUGUAAUAAGGAAAUACAUUUAAAAAACUAUAACAAAUGUUCCAUUGUUGUUCUACAUGUUUUUAUGUGCUCAAGUGACAAGUAAAUAUUGAUAAAAUUUAAUUUUGUAUAUCUCGACAAUAGAGACACUAAUCACAUCUAUGGCUUUAACUUUACGAAUCUAACAUUUGUAAUUGUAUUAUCAUCGUAUUUGGCUAAUGUAUCUGAAAUAUAUGAAAGUAUUUCAGGAAAAGAUGUUAAGAUUCUCUGUUAAGACAGGUUUUGAAAAUCUAGAUUAGUCUUAAUUCUUCAGUCUGAUAAUUAUUUGUGGUGAAAUUAUUGUCCCAAAUUUUCUUUACAGAUAACCAGAUAAAUAAUUUAACCAGUUGUCCAGUAGUAAUAUGUCUAUGUGUAAAUGUUAUUGAUUCUUGUUUCAUGUAAAAUUUGAUGUAAUAUCUAUUUUACUCCGCUGUGCUAAUCGUAUUGGAGGGUUUUUGUGUCUAAUAUUAUCGUUUUUUGUUUGUAUUAGGAUAGUAAAAAGAAAUUUUAAGAAUUAAAUUAUUAAAAUGUUAAUAUACCUACUUUACUACAACUUUAAAUAUUUGGUUUCAAAACUGAUGCUUAAUAGUUCAUUUUUAUUGAAGGAUUUGCGCGAUUUCGAGGAAUGCAAUAAUAGUACUUUAAAGUCUGGUAACGAUUGAAAUGAUUGGAGACGUGUAUAAAAUAUUAUGUCUUAUUGUUAAAAAAUAUAUUUUUGUGAAUUGAAAUGCAUUUGUUGAUUGCGGUAAGAUGAGUGUACGUUUUUGAAUUAACUGUAAAUAUUUGUUAGUUUUUAAAUAAAAUAAUCCC